GUCGCUAAAUCUACAUGCUUUUGAUGUAGAAAACUCGUUCAGAGGACUUGCAGAAGCUCAAUCGAGAGAUGAAAGAGCUGAAGAAAAAAGAAGACGCCAUCAAGCGAGAAGUAGAGGGCUUAGAGAGGUACGAUGAGGUCGUUCCCACUCCCGGGAGCCUUGAGCAAGGCUACUCCCGGAACUGUUAGUGACAUCAUUAGGGAAAUGGACGCUACCUCAGCAUAUAUCAUCAAAAGAGAAGCGCCGGCACUCACGGAGCCUUUUCUCACUCGGCUACCUCGAGAGAUCCGUGACCUUGUCUACGAAUAUGUCUGCGUCUUUCCCGACACCAUACAAAUCGCGCUAUCCGGACAGCAAGGGGCUCCAGUAGACCCUGUGGUCAUUUGGUCGGAUGCCCAACUAAUGGACGCGUCCUAUCUUGCCAAUUCAGAGGUCGUGCCUACCGAGCUAUCCGAGACAUAUUGGUCGAAGAACCGUUUCGAGGUCACAGUCGGUUUGGAUACUGGUAUGCGAGCUGGCGGUCUGGAUACCUUUCUGUUGCAUGGGACAGUGCCUAGCGACAAAUUAUUCUGGAGGGUAUUCGUGCGCCCGUGGGAGAAGAUCCGUCAUCUGAAGGUACAUGUCGCCUGUGAACAGUGGGAGUCCGAUCCACGCUACGGUGAUACUAAGAUGAAGGACUACUAUACGACGGCAUACGGUCUCAUUGAUGAUCUCACAUUCGCGCAGGCUGCCAUGUACAAAUUGGAGGCUCAGCUCACUCCUCUCACCCGAAUGAGAGGCCGAGAAGAACUCCACAUUGAGAUCGAGAUCGACACCAGGUUUGCCCAGGAGGGCCCUGAUGUCCAAUUCUCCGAGCGUCACUUUGUUAAUAUCAUGGAGAGCCUUCGGAGAACAGUGUGCGAAUUGUUGGACUCUGGCGUACAUGUCACGGUCACAUUGGCCAAUAUCGAUUAUAAUGAAGCGCAUCUAGAGCCGCAAACAUGGGACAUCACCUCUCGCUUCGUAGUAGACGCACAGGAACGGCUCAGUGAACAAACUCAAAUCGAUACGUAUAAUAGAGAGACAGGCUACUUCGUGCAGCCGCAAGCUGCAUUGUAUCAUUGCGUUUCUAGAGCAGCUCUCGCUGAUAUGGAAGGUUUUCGUCAGCUGCUUUUGCGCCGAUGGAAGGUGCGGUAUGCUCUGCCAUGGAUUGUAGACGAAUGAGAGAUCUGAUAGGGGCGGGACAAUCAUAUUGAACGAAAGGUCUGAGAAAUGCUAGUAGUCUGUUGCAUGUUGCGACAGGGUAGCGUUGUGAUGUCUCCAGUGCGCUCACCUCAUAGAAGGAAAACUUA